UGAAGAUAUUGAAUCCAACUUCGACAUUAACAUGGAUGAUCCAAGACCUGAGAGGUUCAGAGGCAAUAAUGGAUACAACUCAUUUGUAAGGAGCCAAGUGAUCAACUAUUGUGCAGUAUCAUCCAAGGACCUUGCAUUUAGAUAUCUUAUGCCGAAGGCAAAUAUACAAGUGGCAGCAAGAGACCAUGACUACACUACACUACCAAUGACAGAACAUUGGGUUGAUACUGGAACUAAGGUGUCAUCUAUGGAAGAAGUCCUGGAGAUUGAAGAAACUACAAAGAAGCAAAGUGUGUGCAAGAAAUGGCACCAGGAGAGAAGAUGGCGUUUGACAUCCUCCAGAUUUGGCGAGAUUUGUAAGGCAACAGACCGUAGAAAUAAGGAAAAACUGUGCCAGUCUAUCUUCAGGCCAGCCAGACUCACUUCACCAGCCAUCAUCCAUGGACAAACUUUUGAGAGGGCUGCUAUUAAAAAAUUUGAAGAAAUUAAUGGUAUAACAGUCAACUUGUGUGGUUUGAGAGUGGACAUUGAUAACAACUUCCUUGCUGCCUCACCAGAUGGCAUAACAAGUCAGGGUGACAUUGUAGAGAUCAAGUGUCCAUAUAAAGGUAGAAAUAAUGCAAUUUCUGUAAAUAGCAACUUUCCUUUUUUAGGAAAAGAUGAAAAUGGAGACAUGCAUCUUAAGCAAAAUCACAAUUAUUUUUAUCAAAUUCAAGGGCAACUCAACAUUUGUAAGAAACAGAGGUGCUUUUUUGUAGUCUAUACUUUUAAAGAUAUUUUUGUAGAGGAAAUUUAUGUUGACAAUUCUUUUUGGUCAGGUAGUAUGCUGCCAAAAUUAGAGUUAUUUUACCAGAAAUACUACAGAAAAUUCGUUGCAGGGAAAAUGUAGUUUUGCAAUCUUUAAGUUAUAUAUGCCAUAAUUCACAUAAUGGCAAACCCAGAAGUAUUUUUAUGUUACAAAUACCCUGUACAAUGUUGUUUUAAAGUCAUUACAGAUGCUUUACAAGAAUCAUUUUUCAAAUACUUUUUUCUUGGAAUGGCUAGUCUGUUAUAUUCCUGGAACAAGAAAGAUGAUGAAAGGUUAAGAUUUUGAAAGUCAACUUAUUUAACUUACUAUGGAUUGUCUGAAGUUCUGAAUAACAAAACAUAUAUACAAUAUUCUAGAUCCAAGAGCAACCUUUGAAUGUGAAAGAUUUGAAUUCAAUAUUUUAAAGGUUUUAGCUAAGCCAAUCACACGUUCAACAUGAAUUCUUUUGGAAGCAAUGCGCCGAUCUCUUACUACAUCUUCUGCAUCUAACUGACUUUUGCCCUUCAGCAUAGUUGGUGUGUUUACUUUAACAUCACGUGAUGCAAACAGAUCUUGCACCAUGAUUCCUCUGUCUGCCAUGAUACUAUCACCUGAAUCAAACAUUGAACGAUCAUGUAAAAGACGAGAGCGCUCAAUAAUCUGACGGUCACUUGCAGAGCCUCCAUAGGCAUCAGAUAUGUAGGAAAUAGCACCUUUUGGUGUGCACCCAACCAUAGUCUUAAGAGUGUUUUUGUUUUUGUAUGAGGAGAAUGUAGCGCUCUGGGCAUUGACAUUGCGUGGCUUAUGAAUCGGAAUUUCAGUUGCAUCCAAAAUAACUCUUGUAUUGCUAAAUUGGGAAAAGUUCUCUGGCAUGUGUUCAUCCACAA